CAUCCAACGUUUCGAUUCAGCUUCACAAGCUUUUCACAUCAAGCCAUCUUAAACUCGAAAGACCAACCGAUCUUAAAAAAUGUCGUACGUUAUCUUUGGAAAGAAAGUCCUCAAUGAAUAUCUUGCACUUGGAACCUUUGUGGCCUUUGGAACAGGUGUUGCUCUCUCAAUGCGUGGAUCUAAGUCUACAUCACAGACCGAAAUCCCCCAACCCGUAAUUGCUGCCUCUUCAAAGGAUGAAGAAGCUUUCAUUCGAGAUUUCGUUGCUAAUAUGGAACGGGAAGAUGCAGCAAGCAAGAAACAUUGAGUUGGGAUUACAUCAUACAGUUAGGUUGGUGGCAAGAUCCCCAACUCCUACUGAAUAUGUAACGGGAAUAUCUUUUCCUUUUGCUUUCAACAUAUGCCUCAACAAAUUUAAAAUCUGAUGAUUCGGCCGCCUUAUCUCAAUGGGUUUCUUCACCUCUUACUGCAAGCAGACACCUGAACCUCCCGAAAUCUACUCACACCGUGACCUCGGUGGUGUAGCUUGUAGAUUUUAUAGCAAAGCUUGCGUGCGACUCAACACACACUGCAAAGACUGUCAUAAUGCAACGCUCAUGAGAUCGGA